GUCUGUGCCUCCUAACAGUAACUGGUACCAGUAUGAGACGCAGACAGGAAUUUCUCGGACUGCUUUGCUAUCAUUCUACACUCUCAAAAGUGCUGCAUCCUCCAACCGCAAUUAUCUGUCUGAAUACUGGACCCGUCUCCUCUCAGACCUUCUGAUUGGUCAAAGCUGUUGUGACUCCUCCCUUUGUUAACUCUUUGAAUUGUGGGCUUCAUUGUAAACAAGCUUUGGUGGAUAUCCAUUACCCUGAGAAUACAGCAGGCACUACUCACGCACCCAGGACUGACCGUAAACAGGAAGUGACACCACAGGAAGAGCACGACAUAGACGGUAUGGAACAUCCAGCCCCAGAAUCCCGAGCCGAGCGGAUUGCUCGCUACAAGGCAGAGAGAAGGCGGGAACUGACUGAGCGCUAUGGCAACCAGGAGGAGGAGCUGCCGUAUAAGUGGUCAAAGAGGGAGAAAGAAGGGCGUGGUUCUCAGUGUAACUCCGCCCUCGAGGAUAAGAGCCAAUCAGGAGGGCAUAAUGGACGCAUGAGGGUCCGUGGCGGAGCGCUGGAUGAAGAAGAGAACAUCCUCACUAACAUCUCCAAUAGUUGUGAAGGGAAUGUUCAACCUGAGAACACCUCCCCAAAAAGGCAGUGUGUGCUGGGUGGCGCGGUCCCUCCAGGCCCCGGGGGACCCUCGGCCCCUGACCAGGUCAGGCUGCACACUGGUGUGUCAGUCGGCCAGCGGAAGAGCAUCCUGCUAGAGCAAAGCUGGAGCUCCCCCAGAGUUGGUGCUGAUGGAAGCUCUAACUCCGCCCCUCUGACAGCCAGAGGGGCGGGGCCCGAGGGUUGCCGCCGACGCCCGCGCCGUUACCUGCCUGCGGGGGCAGCGGUGAGCCGUAAAACGAACGAGCGUUUCCGCACGCAACCUGUCACGGCCCAGGAGAUGCAGAAGACCGGCGGAAACAUGAACAACCCAGACCCAGAAGACUCAGGAGAUGUUAAGACAGAUGACAGAGCCAAGAUGAGUGUAGCUGACAAGAUGUCUCUGUUUAAGGAGCUGGAGAAGACCACGUCUCCGGAUGCCUUCUCUUACCUGAAACCUCGCUCCACCUUCAGUGAGCCCCGAGUUCACCAUGGUAACGCCAACCAGCUACAUGCUCAGCCAAUCACCUGUGAGCAACUGGAAUCGACAGGCAGCGUUCUGCGAGCAGCUGAGCCAGGCGAGGCCCAGGCUGUGCAGGCCGACCUGGAGGUGGAGGAGGACUCCAGGUGCAGGCUGUCCAUGAGUGAGAAGCUGGCACUCUUCAACAGACUGUCCCAGGCUCCAGCGUCUCGGGGCGGGGAUAUGGGCUCCUCUGAGACCCGUGGGCAACACCGCCAGAAGGGGGCGCGUCGUCACACUCAGCCAAUCACUGUGCACGAGCGUAAUCUCUCUGUCAACCUCAAGCCCAGCGAGUUGUGUCUUGUCGCCACCACGCCGUCCUACCUGGAGACCGAGCGCCGCGACUCCCAGCAUGCUCUGCAGCGUGAUGCCGACAUGAAAGGCAUCCUGAAGAAGAACCGCCCAGAACGGGCCGGGCCGAGGGGUGGGGCCCGGCAGGAGGACCUUGUGAUAAGUCAAAGCCUGGAGUGGCCCGGAGAUCAGGGGGUCGAGGGCAGUGCGUGGAUAGAGGAGCUCUCUCCCGUUACUGCCCCCUGGAGGCAGAGAGUGAGGAAGCACACCUCACCUACCAUACACCAGGCUAGCAGUCCCACCCCCCACGUUGAAAAACAUGACCCUUCCUGGCAGGACACGCCCCCUUGGCCGCUGGGUACAGAGGACAGGGGUGGAGGCAUCUUGAGGGACAGAUAUCAAGGACCAUCAGAAGAACAGGAUCCACAGACUGGGACGAUGCACAGCGCCACACCUGCUAUGGAGCCACAGGACGAGAGCAGCACUGCCCAGGAGGGCCCUGCAGUAGCUCAGUGCUGGAAUCCUGUCUAUUCCACUGUGUUCUCUCCUUCUAGCACCCCACCUCAGUAUAAGGUGUGUUUCAAUGAGAGAAGUCUUUCAUAUGAAGCUCAGGAGAUUUCAUCACCCACUCAGCCACAGCCACAGCCAGCAUGGAGACAUAAGCAGUGUUCCGUGGGACUGGACUUUCACACACACCCCCAGACGGAGACUGACACUAACAUCCAGAAUUUGGAUGAAACCCAGGAGUCCCAGCAGCCUGUUCCCAUGGAGACAGCCAAAGAGGUCAUGACCUCUGACACCCCGCCACUUCCUGUGUGUCAGAGCAGCCCAGAAGACACAGACCAGGACCUCAGCACCCUCUGCCAGACUCACACUCACAUUUUGAGCUCUGCUGUAGCAGAGCACAGGCGAUCGGUCCGACCGUCCCGUCGCACGCAGGGUUCGAGGAAUCCAUUGCGCGCUCUCGCUGCGCGGGAUGACAUACUGCAGGACUUCAUGCAGCCACACGAGGACAUUGCCAUGGAAACCCACGUUGUGGAGAAUUCGAACUGCGGUUCCGGGAGCACCUUGUCCUCCCUGAGCAGCUCUGUCCCCUACAGCUGCCUCAUGCUGAUCCAUAUCAAAGGAUGGAGACAGGUGCAGGUGCGUUUGGUGGAGCCGGUUGCGUGGUCCCUGAACAGCGGCGACAGCUUCCUGCUGGUCACUCCAUCACGGUGCUACCUGUGGAUGGGAGAGCUGUCCAACGUCCUGGAGAGAGAGAAGGCGUCUGCCAUGGCUUCACUGGUGGUGGCCCAGCGGGAUCUUGGUUGCCAUGCAACAGAGGUCAUUCACCUGGAGGAGGGCGUGAAUUCAGACAGUGGGGAGGCUACAGAGUUCUGGAAGCUUCUGGGAGGAAACACCUAUCGCAGAGGUCAUUCUGAUGACGAUGAACAGUAUGAGACAGCUAUUUCAGAGUCGAACUGCAUCUACAGGCUCCAGGGAGACAGACUCCUCCCACAUGGGCAGGGCUGGGCCUCUGUGCCACACCUCUCUCUCCUAAGCUCCUCCCAGACUCUGUUAUUGGAUUUUGGCAGUGAGCUCUACCUGUGGCAUGGGAAAGACGUUGCCCCCGGCGACAGAAAACUGGCGCUGGAGCUGGCUCAUCAGGUGUGGGGCGGGGCUUAUGACUACAGGAACUGCAGGAUUAACCCUCUUGACCCCUUAGACACCAGUGCCCAAAUUCAAAGACAGGGUACGGGGCGUCCAGCCUGGGCUCUGUUUGGCUGUGUCUUUGAGAUGACUGAGACAGUUCUCUUCAAGCUGAAGUUUGCUGAUUGGUCUGAGCAGAGGGGCGGGAACCAGGAGCACACUACUGCUCCCAUCCAUGGGGUGGUGCAGACUCCUCUUCCUGCAACUUGUCCUUCUGCUGAGUGGUCAUGUGACGCCAAAGCCCUGCUUGCUGGAAGGUGUGUCACAGGGGCGGGGGCUAUCUUUCUGGACGGUGUAGAUAUGCAGAGAGGCCGUGACACGGUCACCCUUAGCGACGGUCGUCAGGCGGCGCUCAGCACUGUUUCUGUGGAGAGUUGGCGUGUUGGUAAGGGAGAGGAGCGGAGAAUGUCUCCAGAGAGCACUGGACAGCUGCACCACGCCGCAACAUACGCUGUGCGCUGGACAUACCGGCUUAGUGCCACGGUCGAUCAGAUUGCCACUGGGGACUUCCUGGAGAAGUCUGCACUGUUCAUCUGGCAGGGACGCCACUCGCAGGUCGAGGGGCAGGACUUGUCUUCACAACUGACCAAUAAGAAUGAGCCUCAAGAGAUUGUAACAGAGGGGGAGGAGCCAGCAUGCUUUUUGCAGCUGUUCCAGGGAGGGCUGGUAAUACACAGGGAGAAGAGCAGUAACCGUGCAGGAGGCUGGCGUCUGUUCUGUGUGAGAGGCGCUGUGUGUGUGGAGGCCAGCCUGUUGGAGGUGGUGUGCUGUACCUCCAGCCUCCGCUCCCGUGGCUGUCUGCUCCUCCUCAACAGUCAGCAGGGGGCGCUGUUUCUGUGGCAUGGCUGCAAGUCCCCUGCUAGUGCACGUCAGGUUGCCAAGCACACCGUCCAACAGCUCACACACACGCACCCUCCUGAGAUGGGGCUGACGAGUGGCCACGGUCUGAUUAUUAAAGAGGUGGAAGAAGGUGGGGAAUCAUCAGACUUCUGGGACGCUAUUGGGCCACCAGACAGGAAGUCCUACGACUGCAUGCUACAAGAUCCUGGCAGGUACAACUUCACCCCGCGCCUGUAUCACCUGAGUGCUCGAGCAGGAACCUUCAAAGGGGAGGAGCUUCUGAGCCGGUCACGUGCACCUGGGGUUGUCAUGGCGAUGCCAUUUCAUCAGCAGUGUUUAUACUGUGUGCCACAGCCAGCUCUGUUCUUGUUGGAUAACUCUCUGGAGGUGUACCUGUGGCAAAGCAAUGCCAUGGUGGACUCACAGCGCCCCCACUGGAACAGGGAGAGAAAAUGCGCCAUGCAGACUGUCCUUCAGUACUGCAGAGACAGAAACCCCACGAGGCCUCCUGCUGCUUACCUCAUCAAGGAAGGGGCGGAGCCUCUAACCUUCACUAAUGUCUUCCCUUCCUGGGAGAAACCAGCCACAGAGCAUGCCUCAUCUGUGCAGAAGACACUGAUAUUAGUGCAGGACGCUCUGGAGUUGCUUGGGGAAACUCACCUCAGUGUCCAGGACCUGCUGAAGAGACCAGAGGGAGUGGACGCCCAGGACGUCCAGGUGGGCUCAUACCUGUCAGAGCAGGAUGUCCAGGUGAUUUUGUGAAUAAACAACUCUGUCAACUCUGCAACAACUAAACCUGACGAAGAGCAAGGGACUGUAUUGAACUAGGCUUAGAAACACUACUGAACAGGACUACUGAAAGAGGACUACUGAAACAGUACUGAAACAGUACUACUGAAGCAGGACAACUGAAACAGUACUAAGGCAGGACUACUGAAAGAGGACUACUGGAACAGGACUACUGAAACAGUACUACUGAAGCAGGACAACUGAAACAGUACUGAAGCAGGACUACUGAAACAGGACUACUGGAACAGAACUGAAGCAGGACUACUGAAACUGGACUAUUUUAAACAUCCCUGUAAUCAACAACAAAAAAAUAUUUUACAUAGAACAUUUGGUAUUGACUAAAAAGGUUUAAUGUUUAAUGUUCUUCUAAUAUGUAAAACCUAGCAACCAAUUUGUGUGUGUGUGUGUGUGUGUGUGUGUGUGUGUGUGUGUCUGUAGGUCAUUUGAGUGUGGCCAUUAAUGCAUAUCCACUGGUUUUGGCUGUCUCUCUCUCUCUCUCUCCCUCUCCCUCUCUCUCUCUCUCUCUCUCUCUCUCUCUCUCUCGUUUCUUGCUCCAGCUACAGGGUAAACAUGUGAAUGAAAUGAGAUUGCGUGCUUAUUUUUCUCAACCUGGAAAUGAAUCAGGAACCUGAAAAUCAACCUGGAAAUGGAUCUGAUGGAUCUUAAUUCAUGUUUAACAGACAUAAUAUAAAUUCAAUUCAAUAAAUUAAACCUUCAAUAAAUUCAAUUCCAUACACUCAA